CCCUCCGCUCCUCUAUCUCCGCAGCCCUCACUCAGGACUGGCGGCGGAGGGGGGGGGGGCAGGAACCCCUCCCGGCGCUCCGUAAAAUCUUAGGGUGGUCUCCCCCCUCCCUCUCUCGGUUGGGCAUUCUUGGCUGGUUUCGCUCUCUUCCCCCGAGCCAGACCCAAAUAGGAUGGGGGAAAGUAGAUUUUUUUGCGGUUCACCCCUUCUCCGGCAUCAAAGGUUGCAACUAGUCCUUGGGCGCUAAGGCUGGCUCAGUCGCAUAUUUUUCAUCCUAGAAGACUCCAGAGUAUCCAAUUAGUCAUGAUUACGCGAACAGUUGAAUAUGUUGUGGAAUAUAAUUAUGAUGCUGUACAUGAUGAUGAGCUAACCAUUCGAGUUGGUGAAAUCAUAAGGAAUGUGAAAAAGCUUGAAGAAGAAGGAUGGCUAGAAGGAGAACUAAAUGGAAAAAGGGGCAUGUUCCCUGAUAACUUUGUUAAGGAAGUUAAGAGAGAAACUGAAUCUAAAGAAGAUGGUUUGCCAGUCAAAAGAGAAAGGCAUGGAAAUGUGGCCAACCUUGUUCAGCGUAUGAGUACUUAUGGUUUUCCAACUGGAGCAUUCCAGCCUCAGGGCAAAGGCUUCAGAAGACGGUCAAAAAAGCGUCCAUGUAAAGUUCUAUUUGAAUAUACUCCUCAGAAUGAGGAUGAAUUAGAACUGAAAGUAGGCGACAUUAUAGACAUGAAUGAAGAGGUGGAAGAAGGCUGGUGGAGUGGGACUUUAAAUGGCAAGACAGGCCUUUUUCCUUCUAACUUUGUAAAAGAACUAGAGAUAACAGAUGAUGGAGAAAUACAAGAAAGCUUAGAAGACACAGAAUCUGUUUUUCAUGGACCACAGUCUCCUGCAACCUCACCAGGGAAUGGUAGUGAGUCUCCACAAAUAGCACAACCAAAGAAAAUCAGAGGAGUUGGGUUUGGAGAUAUUUUCAAAGAAGGCUCAGUAAAACUUAAGCCGAGAUUGUCUAGUAAUGAUUCAGAAGAAAAAAAACAAGAUAAGCCAUUACCUAAUCUUCCAUCUGGACCAAAAGUAACCUCACUCCCUGGCACAACAAAAUCAGAAAUGGCAACAGAAAUAGCAAAAGUAGAAAUGGAAAGCAAACAAAAACCUAAAGAAUACUGCAAAGCCUUGUUUCCCUAUGAAGGUACCCAUGAGGAUGAACUUAAUUUUAAAGAAGGGGAUAUUAUCCAAAUAAUAAAUAAGGACACUGGGGAGGAAGGAUGGUGGAGAGGCUUUCUUAAUGGUAAAGAAGGAGUUUUUCCAGAUAACUUUGCAGUUCAGAUUCAUGAAUCUGAUAAAGAUUUCCCUAAGCCAAAGAAACCACCACCUCCUGCAAAAGGUCAAGGUUCUAAGGCUGAUCUUCUACCUGUGGAGAAGAAGUUUCCUCAUCUCAGGAACGAAGAAAAAGAUGAAAAACCAGUGUUGGAUCAGAAGACAUCUAAACCAGUGGCUCCCCGAGUACCACCAAAAAAGCCUGUCCCUCCAAACAAGACUAACAGCCUAUUAAAAGCCGGGAUAUUGCUUUCAAAAUGGCCAGAUAAGACAGUUUUGCAACCACCCGUUUCUAAGAUAAAUGGGGAAAUUGCAUCCUGGAGGCCAAAGUCUGAAAUUGAGCCAGCAGUGAAACCAAAGACAGACUCUGAACAGUUACCAUUGAAAUCAAAAUCAGUAGAGGUAGACUCAGCCGCACUACGGAACUUGAAAGAAACAGAACUUUUAAGUUUUGAUGAUCUAACACCUACCUCAGAUAAUUUAUCACAUCCCACUGCAAAUAGACCAAAGAUGCCCGGCAGAAGACUUCCUACUCGCUUCAAUGGCAAGAAUCCUCCUGCUCAGACUCAAAACAUAGAAAAAAAUGUGAAGGUGCAUAAAGAGGAAGAAGAAAGUGCCAAAUUAAAAUUAUCUGAGGGUAAAAAGCCAUCAAAACUUAUUUCGCCAGUUCUGACUUCAUUACCACGACCAGGUUCUAUUGUAAUAAAUGCUGGAGAAGUGAAGCUCAGCCAGGAAACAGAUGAACGGGAAAAACAUUCACUGGAAGAGCUAAGGUCUCAGAUCUUUGAUCUCUUGUUGGCUGUAGAAAACUUGAGAAAAGAACAUGGGAAACAACUGGAAAAACUGAAAAAAGACUUGGAAGAAGAAAAGCAGAUGCGAAGCAACCUAGAGAUGGAAAUAGAAAAGCUCAAGAAAGUUGUCAUGACUACAUGAAAGACGCAUACUGUGGAUCCUUAAUGUGCCAGGAUUUCAGAAUCAGAAAUGAAAUUGACUUUUUUAAACCUCAAGCCAACGGAUGAUAGCAUUCCAUUAAAAAAAUCUGAAUAUAAUCUUAUUUAUAUUUUGUGAGCUAUGAGAAAAAAAUGGAUAGCUUUUUCAUUUGUUUCUUGCCAAUAUAGGAGAGGCCUUAUUUCUUACUGUGCAGUAUGGCAGGGUUUGCUUGAGAAUACUACUGAAUCUGUAUAAAAGAGGGGUUCUUAGUAUAUUUUUAUUGAAUAUACCCUAAUUUUAAGAGAUCUGUAUUAUAAAUAAGGCAAUAUAACUUUGAAAAUAAACUGUAAAAUAUAUAGUAUAGGAGAGAGGAAAAUGGUAUAGUUUUGUACAGUUACUACUCUUUUCACCAUGCUAAAGGGACUAUGAUGUUAAUCAUAUGCUGUUUUAUUGUUCAGGUCUUUUGAGUUUGUUCUCACUAUGAAGCAGAAGGAUUACCAAACCCUAGCACUAUGAUAUUGUAAUAUUUCCUUACCUGAGAAUUCAGAGUACAGUACUGUGAUUCUUGCACUAUAGAAUUUGUGGAAGGGAUCUAUAAUUAGGACACAUGGACACAUACAAACACAUGGAUACUUAAAAUAAAAAAAUCAAGGCAUAAAAUUGAGACAAUCCUAUAGUAUGACAUUUUUUCUAAUUACGGAAUGUGACAUGUUAAAUAUUCUCUUGAGUGUUUCAUUUCUUUUUACAAAUUAUAAUCUUAACACUACAAUUUUAUCAGCUUUAAAAUGCUUUGCACUAAUAAUUGUAACAUAUUAAAAAUCUAUAACCUAAAACUUAUAACAAAAUGUUUAAAGCUGCCAGUUUUCUAAAUGCAGUCUUAAAAUAAGGGUAUAUCAUCUACAUAUUUGUUAAAGUAUUCAGUAAAUCAAUAAUGAAUUUUUAAAUCAAUAUUUGGCUUAUGCUUUAGAAUUCAAAUUGAAUUAUUGUAUAUGUUGAACAAUAUUUCUUUGAGUCAUCUUGUUUUAAGUUAUUUCUACAGCCUAAAAUCCAGGUUUUUUUCUGUAAAGAAAAAGUGAACUUCUUCAGUGCUCUGUUCAAGCCAAAGAUAAAAAUAUAAUUCAGCCCUUUUUUCUUCUAGCAUUGCUAUCCUAAAAUUUUAUAGAAAGGGGGAACUGUUUAGUGAAUGAUUUUAGCUUUGUUUUAAGAGAGUGGAAAGUUUUAAUGCCUAUGUCCUGUUUUAUAUGGCAUUAAUAUUUCAUCUUAUUUGGAUGUGAGCAAACCAUGUUGGUGUUCUUAACAUAAAAGAAUAAGAUUUCUAAUUCCAAAUAUAAAUCAGUGGAUGAAAAUUGGAAAUGAAAACAUAGGUAUAUAAAAUCAUGAUGACUGUUUGCUUACUAUAUGGAUACAGAGCUAAUAACAUAUCUAAUAUAUCACUUAAUGAUCAUCCUCUGUUGCCAGUUUUCCUUAAUAAUCAUAGUAAUAAAUAAUGUUCUCAGAUUAUUAACUUCUAGCUCAAGAUUUGUUUUAUACUAAUUUAUAAAGAGAUUUAAUAAUUCUUGGCUUAAUAGAUAAAAUAUUCAUUUGUGUGUUUAUUGGGCUCCUCAUUUUGCAGAGAAUUCAAAGCUGGGAGGGAUGUUUUGUCUUGAACAGAUCUUUUGCAAGUAAUCCCCUGCAAAACUCAGUUGGGAGAAAGAGAAACUAGCCACCUUCUUCAACAAGCAUGGUGGACUGACAGACAAAAAAUUUGCCCAUCCUCCAAGGUACCUAAAGUACCAUUUUAUUUUGUUGCUACUGUCCUAUCUAAAAAGUAGUCAGAAAAGCUUCCACCCUUUUUCUUUGUCAUAGGAAAAACAAGCUUUUUUAUUUCCUUGAAUAGCAGCAGUUACAAAUUCUAGGUGUCCUUUCAAAACCAUAAUUUUGCAGAAUAGAAGCUUAGAAGCCAUCUGCCUUUUCUCUCCCAAUGCUCAUUAAAGUAUUCUUUUUUUCAGUACACGAUAGCUUUUUGAAAGCAGCUACAGCCCUGACUUUCUAUUAUCUUUAACCUCCACCCCUCACUUCACAUUACAAAAUUGAGAAAGCAUGGGGAAUUUUAAAAUGUGACUUUGGGUUUCCCUCCCUCCCCCAAAAAACAACAACAAACAAGCACCAGCAAUGAGAGAGAGUUCAUACUUUCUUGGGAACAUUCCAGCAUAGAGCAAAGCCAUCUUUUCUUUAUUCCAUACCUCCACAGAAGGAAAAUAUUUUUUUUCCUCUUGCAAGGGGAUUUUUUUUUAAAAGCUGCAAGGAUUUUUUUCACCAAAGAUCCACCUCUUCCUUCUGGUAACUGAACUUGAAGGGGAAAUUACUUCUUUAUUCUUCCUAGGAAAGGAAAGGGAAUGGGUUUCCUCUUCCCUUCAUAUUUUUGCAGAAGCAAAAAUAAUAAGUAGAAAUGGUGCCUUAAAAAGAAAAGCCUUACUUGCACUAGUCAAAAUACAUUUCCAUUCCUCCCUAGAGCUGUAUUGUAUUGUUCCACAAGUCGAGGUUUUGGUGCAGUACCAGAACUGGACAGAGUGGAACGGCACACUCAAUAAGAGGAGACAGAUGUACGUACUGACAUCUCUUAAUUGAUCAGAUCCAUCCCAAAUUAAACAAUGGCUUUGAGUGUUGAAAUUCGAGAGGGGUUUUAUUUUUUUUAUUUUUUUGCUGAAUCCAAUUCUUUUACACUCUACAGUGAUUAUGCAAACAAGAAUUGAUUUUAAUUAAAGAAAAGUCAUUUAUAUGCUCCUUACUGAGAUCCUGAAUGUGAGGCAGAAUAGAUCGCUGUAAAACAGUUUUUUUCUACCUUGAAGCUUAUAGCAGAUAAAUAGGACAAUCAUGGAACUCAGAAGUGUUAAUUAUUAAAUUGUCUUUUUUCCUGUAGCAAUAAAGAAACAAGUGCAAUGACUAAUGUAAUAACAAAUCCUAGAGAUUGCCACUAUGAAGGGUUUUUUUUUUUAAAUGAUGGCUAUUUUUUCUAAUGUCUUCUUUACGCUCUGUAAUGGGAAAUGGGACUGGAUACAGACAUUCCAAAGAAUAAAAUUUAUUUCAAGCAGGUAUAUUUACUGACUUGUUUACAGGUGCUGCAAAAUUAUAUAUGCUAUCAAAAUGCCACAAAUAAAAUUAUAUGCUGUUAAUAUGAAA